AAAGGGUAACCUAAAGGUAAAGCAGAAUGUUUCUCACUUUCUCUCUAUCUCCUCCUUCCUUCAUCGUCUCAGUGUCUCACUCUUUCUAUGGAUCUCCUUCUUCCCCAUAAAAGCCAACCGCACCGUCGGCUUCAACACCAUCACCGACGGAUGAUCUCCGGAUUACAUCCUCUCUCGGUUAUCUGCUCUCUCUUUCUGGCGAUUGCGACUCACAUUCUCUCUCGCUCUUACUCCCAAACCCUACCUCUUCACCUCCGUUUUGCACCUUCAGAGGAGGAGGACGCGGUAGAGGCAGCAGACCUCUCCGAAAUCCUCAACCCACAGAGACACAACAGCUGCAGCCUUCGCUUUCACAGCUCCGUCGCCGUCCAUUGCAAACAACACGACACAGCGUUUUGGUUUGACUUCAUCGCUGACCGCUCACGAUUCUCUUCCACUCUGCUACGCCUAAUCCCCUAACGCUAUUCUACAAGGUUACGCUGUCUAUGCAUCUUACUCUUCAUUUUUAUUUUAAUUUUAAUUUUUAAAUUUAUGUUUGAUACAAAAGUGUAAAUCAACUUUAUAGGAUAUGAAAUUACCCUUUAGUUCUAUUUCGAAUUUGAAUUCUGUACUUCUGUACUUAGUGUAAAUCCAUUGUUUUCUUUUGCAUUGUUAGUGUAUAGAGAAAAUGAGUUAUUUGGGUGUAGGUGUUAGUCUUGGAACAGUUCCAGUGUAUCAUAGCACAAACCUGAAAUUGUUGGAUAAGAGGAUCAAGAUAGCUGAUUUGGUGUUAAGGUUUAUGAUUCUUGGUAUUGGAGUUGUUGCAGCUGUUCUUAUUGGAACUGAUUCACAAGUGAAGGUGUUUUUCUCCUUUGAGAAGGAAGCUAAAUUCUCUGAUGUUAAGGCUUUGGUAUUCUUGGUAGUUGCUAAUGGUUUGGCUGCUGGAUACUCUUUGAUUCAAGGACUCUGUUGUGUUGUGAGUUUGGUUAGGGGAAGUGUUCUCUUCAACAGGCCCUUAGCUUGGGCCAUUUUCUCUGCUGAUCAGGUGUUAGUCCUGGAACAGUUCCAGUGUACCAUAGCACAAACCUGAAAUUGUUGGAUAAGAGGAUCAAGAUAGCUGAUUUGGUGUUAAGGUUUAUGAUUCUUGGUCUUGGAGUUGUUGCAGCUGUUCUUAUUGGAACUGAUUCACAAGUGAAGGUGUUUUUCUCUUUUGAGAAGGAAGCUAAAUUCACUGAUGUUAAGGCUUUGGUAUUCUUGGUAGUUGCUAAUGGUUUGGCUGCUGGAUACUCUUUGAUUCAAGGACUCCGUUGUGUUGUGAGUUUGGUUAGGGGAAGUGUUCUCUUCAACAAGCCCUUAGCUUGGGCCAUUUUCUCUGCUGAGCAGUACCCUUUUAUAUUUGAAAGAUCGCAUCCUACUUUUUUUUUGUUGUCUUAUACAUUGUGGUCAAAACACAAUAUUAUCAAGAUUCUUGCAUCAACAUCUUGCUUUUUCCUCAAGCAUUUUGUUGCCAUGUUGAUUAAUAUCAAUUAUUUUUUUAUAAA